CUUCAAGUCUCCAAUGCCGUGGGAAGAACUUACCGAGGAAGAAAAAUGUAUGAUACCUUGGCUAGAAAAAUGUCACCAUGGAAUUGAAUGGAAUCCUGGUGACAUUCCAUACCAUCGACUUCAACAUGUAUUACAAAUCUUUACACGGGAUGUUAAAAAGAUAUUCGUUGAGGGAGAACAGAAAGCACUGUGGUUGAAAAAUUAUUUGCCGAAUACUCUAAUAUGUAAUGUCGAAGAUCUUGGAUGCCCUCCGCUCGAGAACAUAAAAAGUAAUAAAAAUUACUUUUGCUUGCACCAUCAUCUUUCUAUUAGAAGAAAACUAUCAUGUGCCGUCCAUAAUGCUCUUUCAAUAAGAGCAUGGUUAUUAAAUUAUUUGUCUGAAAAAUUUAGUCAAGACGAAGUUGAUAAUUAUUGAA